AUGACUGAUGUAUACUUCUGGUUUCUUUCCUGCAGACUUGGUUUAGAAAGAGGGACAACAGCUAAAGAAGCCUUAGAUGUCAUCGUCUUCUUGUUGGAAGAACAUGGACAAGGUGGGAAUUAUUAUGAAGAUGCAGACGCCUGCCAUAGCUUCCAAAGUGCGUAUCUGAUUGUGGAUCGCGAAGAAGCCUGGGUGCUGGAGACCGUGGGGAAAUACUGGGCUGCUGAGAAAAUCACAGAGGGAGCAAAGAGCGUUUGCAGUCAGCUGUCACUCACCACUAAGGUGGACGCGCAGCACCCUGAACUCAGGACGUACGCUCAGAGUCAAGGGUGGUGGACGGGAGAGGAUGAGUUCAGUUUUUCCGAAGUUUUUUCUCCAGCUGAUGAUCACCUGGUCUGCUGUGCAGGAAAAGACAGCUUGGAAAAGCAAGAAGAAAGCAUCACUGUGCAGACUAUGAUUAACAUCUUACGGGACAAAGACAGUGGAGUCUGUAUAGACUCUGAAUCUUUCCUCACCACAGCCAGUAUGGUGUCUGUCCUGCCUCAGAAUAGAAGCUCACCGUGCAUUCACUACUUCACCGGGACCCCAGAUCCUUCAAGGUCCAUAUUCAAGCCUUUCAUCUUUGUUGAUGAUGUAAAACUUGUCCCCAAAGCACAGUCUCCCUGCUUUGGAGAUGAUGACCCUGCCAAAAAGGAGCCUCGAUUCCAGGAGAAACCAGACCGCCGGCAUGAGCUGUACAAGGCCCAUGAGUGGGCACGCACUGUCAUCGAAAGUGACCAGGAGCAAGGUCGCAUGCUGAGGAAGACCAUGCUGGAGCUGGAGAAGCAAGGCCUGGAAGCCAUGGAAGAAAUCUUGGCCAGCUCCGGGUCCCUGGACCCCGCCGAAGUGGGAGAUCUUUUCUAUGACUGUGUCGACACGGAGAUUAAGUUCUUUAAGUGAAGUAGGCAUUCCUCUCCCCUCCUUAUUUAAAACUUCCCACCUUACUAAAUGACCAGCAAACAAACCACUCUCCUGUUUGAGUAAAAUGAGAAAGUUAA